CAGAACAGAGGGUUGUCAUGGAACAGAGCCAUGGAUGAAGUUCGUGUUGAAAGAUUGGUCCAGAAAUACAAGGAAAGUGGAGAACUGGACAGUGAGGAUCCAGCUCUUUUAAUGCUUAAAAAGUGGCCGGUAUCGAAACAGUGCAAAGACAAUGCUGAAAAACUGCCUGGACUUGAGCAACAGAUAAAUCGGUUUUUGGAGAUAAUGUUAGAAAGUGAUCUAAACUCAGAGAACAGAUAUGAGGAAUUUAGAGAUGUGGCUGACAAGACUAGGAGGACAUUGCUACACUAUGCCGCAGAACUUGGCUUUUUACAUGUUACCAAAACACUCGUUACAAAAUGUCCUUUGCUGCUAGCUAUGAAAACAAAAGAUCAGCAAAAACCUGUUAAAAAGAGAGCUAUGUUACCAGUGGAAUUGGCAAUAGUAGAGGAGAAUGACAAUGUGGCAGCAUUUUUGAUUCGAGCUAUGUCUUAUGAAAGGGUUCAAAGCUUAUUUUUCUGGACCCCAAGCAGUAUAACAAACCCAAAACCAUCCUUCUUCAGUUUCAAGGCAAUUAUUGAGAACCCUAAAAUGAAGCAAACAGUAGUGGCUGUAUUAGACCAGAUGGUGAACCCUCAUUGGCCAUAUCUUCCAAAACGUCAAGAAAAUUAUGAAACAGAAGAAGAGAGGGAGGCAAUUGAGGGAGUCUGGAAAACAAUUUCAGAUGAUCCAUUAAACUAUCAUUUUUACUAUCAUAUUUUGGAUGGAGAUGAGGGAGGACGACCCCCAAAGAUUAUGGCCUCAGAUGGACACCAGCAGACAGAAAACAAAUAUUUUAACCAGAAAGACAAGUCUUGUUUACAUGCCAUUGCAAAGAGCAACAACAAGGAAGCUCUGCAGCAUCCUGUGGUCAGAAUGUUGAUUAAAACAAAAUGGAAAAGUUAUGGACACUUGUGUCUCAGCCUUCAAGCAGCAUUGUUUUGCAUCUUCUUGUUGUUCAUGCCAUAUUCUCUGCUGGAAGCUUCCAUCAGACUGGAACCCAGGCAGUACAACGAUGCCUUGGACUCACUGCAAGGAUUUUGUGAGGUUGUCACUCUACUUAUGGCUGUUUUUUACAUCUGUGAGGAGAUAAAUCAGAUAAGAAUAGAGGGGCGUUCUUAUUUUUCAGAGUGGAUGACCUUGUUUGACUGGUUAGGCCUGCUGUUGAUAUUGUGUAUAGUACCAUUACGAUACAUGGAUCAUAAAGCACAGUGGAUGAUGACAUCUUUCGCUUUCUUGUUCAACUUCCUGAGGAUAUUUAAAUUUUCAUGUGUGUCAAGGACUACAGGAUUAUACACACAAACCUUGGCUAAGAUCAUUUUGCACGAUGUGACAAGAUCCAUGGCAGUUUAUAUUGUGAUCUUUUUCUCCUUCUGUGGUACCUUGACUUUAUCGCUUUGUUACUCCGGAUUCAGUGAAAACCAAGAACUUCGUGGUUUUGGAGACGUCUUGUUGAGCGGACUUCGUGCACUGUCCGAGCAGUAUCCAUUGGCGGAAGAUUACUCCACUUUCAACUGGCUUUCAGUUCUGUUGAUGAUGGCAUACAUGGGAACAGUGACUGUGAUUCUCCUCAACAUUCUCAUUGCAAAAAUGAGCACGACUUACACACAGGCUAAGAAAGUCGCUCGUCUGGAAUAUGAUGCGGAUCGUAUUCUACAACUUUCGCGUAUGUAGAGAUUUCCUUUUCUGAAUUUACGCGUGAAGUAUUACAAGGAAGGAGACUGGAUCAAUGAAAUGAAACUCGCCAAAGAGCUUCUUGAAUUCAGUGAAGAUCGCAAUCCUUGGGAGUCGGUGGAAGAGAAACUGAAUGCAAUCAGGUAA